AUGACCUCGCCUGUCCUCCCCUUCACCGAGGCCAAUUCCAAGCGUGUGGCCCUGUUGUUCCGCCAAGCGCUCAGAACUGCGUUCGACACGUCGCUCAAGUUCGACGCCUACCGCGACAAGACUAUCGAGAUCCGUCGGGCUUUCGACGCCAACAAACAUAUUUCCGACGCCGAGGAGUUGGACGAAGUGUUCAGAAAGGGCGAAGCCAAGCUCAAGGAAUGGAAGCACCCCGACCCUUAUAUCCCUGCUUCUAGACCUGGCGGGACCAAGUACCAAAGAAACAUCCCUGUGGCCCGGGGUCCCCUUGUUCCUGGUCCGUGGUAG